UCGCUCGCCGCGACGCGCCGCGCACGUUAUGCUCCGGGUGUGAGUGUAGAGUGUAGUGGGGCAGAGGCCCAUACGUUCGAUAAUAUAAAACAGAAAAAUUGACCCCCAAAUGGGAGUGUACGAAGAGAGGGGGGCGAUGCACUGGCAACAGAGUGAGCGGUACUUAUCUUCGGCGUACGAGGCAGGGGCCGAGUUGUCGCCAGUCGCGCCCGCGGCGUCCCCGGGCUCCCCCCGUGACUGCACCUCAUGCCGCAAGAGGGAACCGCCGGACGAACCCCCGCCGCCGCCCCCAGAAGACGCCUGCGCAGGAUGUGGUGCUAGAAUAACAGACAGAUAUUACCUUCUCGCCCUAGAACGGCGCUGGCAUACCCCUUGUUUGAGAUGCUGUGAAUGCAAGAUGCCUCUCGAUUCAGAACAACGGUGCUAUGCUCGAGAUAGUAACAUUUUCUGUAAAAAUGACUACAUCAGGUUGUACGGUUCGAAACGUUGUGCGAGAUGCAACACCCCGAUCUCAGCGUCUGAGCUGGUGAUGCGAGCGCGGGAUCUCGUGUUCCACGUUCACUGCUUCUCAUGCGCGCUAUGUAGUACGAGGCUCACGAAGGGUGACACGUUUGGUAUCAGAGAUUCAGCUGUUUAUUGCAGGCUACAUUAUGAGACGAUGCCAGACUAUGGAUCUCAUUUGGCGGUUCCUGGGCCUCCACAAAUGUGUCCGGGACCUUAUACCGGACCCCCGCCAGGCUCGCACUACCCUCCAUACCCAUCGCCCGAAUUUGCACGGGUCGAACCAGAUGUUCCUAAAGGGUCCUUCUUCAAUGGGACCUCAGCGCCACCGCCACGACAAAAAGGACGUCCAAGGAAAAAGAAACCCAAAGACCAGGAACUCAUGACAGCCAACCUUGAUCUGAAUCCUGAGUACUUGGAGAUGGGUUUCCGGGGCGGUGGCGGCCUUGGAACUACGUCGCGCACGAAGCGCAUGCGCACCAGCUUCAAGCACCACCAGCUACGCACCAUGAAGUCGUACUUCGCCAUCAACCAUAACCCGGAUGCGAAAGACUUGAAGCAGUUGAGCCAGAAAACCGGUCUCCCGAAAAGAGUUCUACAGGUAUGGUUCCAGAACGCACGAGCGAAAUGGAGACGUAUGGUAACGAAGGAAGAAAACAAAAUGGCGGAGAAGUGCUCUCCGGACGGGUCGCUGGAGAUGGACAUGUACCACGGGCCGAUGGGCUCGAUCCAGUCGCUACCUCCGCACAGUCCGCCCUACAGCGUGAUGGGCGGCCCGCCGAGCCCCAACUCGAUGGACUGUCCAUAG